AAGAGAGAGAGAGAGAGAGAGAGACUGUAGAUAGACGUGAGAUAGAGGGAGAAAGAAAUAGAAAAGAAAGGUGUUAUGUUAUGUUAAAUUUAUGACUUUGUGUUACCAACAAAAACAAAAAACAAAAAUUAAAGAAAAAAUGAAAGAGAAAAAAGAGCCAACGAAGAAAAGAACCUCUUUUUAACGAGAGAGAAAAGCGGGCCUGUUUGGUUCUUUGGAAUCCGUCUUUUCUCUCCCAAAUCUUUUCUCUCAUCAUCCCUUUUCUCUUCUCUCCCUCUCUUCUUCUUCCUCUAUUCUGGAAUUCAGACAAAAAAAAAAAGGUGAGAGAGAAAGGAAAAGAAAGAGAAAAUUUAGAGAGAAGAAGAAGAGAGACAGGAAAAGACAAAAAAAAAAAAAAAUUAGGGGUGGGACUGGGGGUUCACCGUUCAUUUUGUAAAUUUCUUUGUAGUUUUGGGUCUGUUUUAAAUAAAUAGUAAUCUGAGAUUUUGGGUGGAGUGUAUGAAUGGAGUUGGAUAGUAUUGAGUGUGUGUCAUCCACAGAUGGAAUGGAUGAGGAUGAGAUCCAUCACCAUAAUCUGCACCAUCCACACCCUCAUCAGGGCCACCAUCAAUUCUCAUCUUCAAAGCCUCACAAUGGCACCAACAACACCGCCAAUGCUAAUAGCAUCAACAAUAUUGUGGGUCCUACGGCGAUCGCUCCGGCUACCAGCGUCCAUGAAUUGUUAGAAUGCCCUGUUUGUACCAAUUCUAUGUACCCACCAAUUCAUCAGUGCCACAAUGGACAUACACUUUGUUCUACAUGUAAAACAAGGGUACACAACCGGUGCCCCACUUGUAGACAGGAACUUGGUGAUAUUAGAUGUUUAGCAUUGGAGAAGGUGGCAGAAUCCCUUGAAUUGCCUUGCAAAUACUACAAUUUAGGAUGCCCAGAAAUCUUUCCCUAUUACAGCAAACUCAAACAUGAGGCAAUUUGCAACUACAGACCAUACAGUUGUCCAUAUGCUGGAUCAGAGUGUUCUGUUGUUGGGGAUAUUCCUUUCCUGGUUGCCCAUCUGAGGGAUGACCACAAGGUGGACAUGCACACUGGCUGCACAUUUAACCAUCGUUAUGUGAAGUCCAACCCCCGUGAAGUGGAAAAUGCUACUUGGAUGCUAACAGUCUUCCAUUGUUUUGGUCAAUAUUUCUGCCUUCACUUUGAAGCCUUCCAGCUGGGCAUGGCCCCAGUCUACAUGGCAUUUCUACGUUUCAUGGGUGAUGAGAUUGAGGCUAGGAACUAUAGCUACAGCCUUGAGGUUGGAGCAAAUGGCCGGAAACUUAUAUGGGAAGGUACUCCACGUAGCAUCCGUGAUAGUCACCGGAAAGUCAGGGACAGCCAUGAUGGUCUAAUUAUUCAACGUAACAUGGCACUUUUCUUCUCUGGUGGGGACAGGAAGGAGCUAAAGCUUAGGGUUACUGGAAGGAUAUGGAAGGAACAACAAAAUCCAGAUGCUGGUGUGUGCAUACCCAACUUAUGUAGCUGAGAGAAUUGAUUUUGAUGACUUUUACUUGAUUUGUUUUGAACGCUUUCUGCUGUGUGUUCUACCUCUGCCAACCCUUUCUGGUAUGUUAUAAUGGAUGGAAGUUUUCAGAAGGCUUGAAAAGUUUUCAGCUUCUAUGAAAUGUUUAAUAAGUAUAUUUUCUUCCCUAACCUUGUGUUUGCAAUAAUAUGACCAUUUACUGAUGCA